AUGCCCCGGCAGGAAUGCUUCACCGCUCGCAGGGUGUGUCCCCGCCAGCGCCUGACGCCACUCGCCGCUGGGGAGGUCAUCGGCAUCAUCAAGCUGGCCUUGCCUGCGGGCAAGGCCAAUCCUGCUCCCCCCGUCGGCCCCGCGCUCGGGCAGAAGCAGGUGAACAUCAUGCAGUUCUGCAAGGAGUACAAUGCGGCCACCCAGGACAAGAUGGGCUCCAUCAUCCCCGUCGAGAUCACCGUGUACAAGGACAAGACCUUCACCUUUGUGUUGAAGACCCCCCCCGCCUCGACGCUGCUCACCAAGGCUGCCGGCGUGGCCAAGGGCUCUGGCACCCCCAAUGGCCCGCCAGUCGGAUCGGUAACUGCCGAACAGAUCAAGGAGAUCGCGACCAUCAAGCUCCCCGACCUCAACUGCAGCAGCCUGGAGUCUGCCAUCAGGACGGUGUCGGGCACGGCGCGCAACAUGGGCAUCGCCAUCAAGGACUGA